CAUUUCACUGCGAGAGGAAUAAGAAGUAUCUGACAAAAUGCGAAAUUUGGAGCUGCUGUCGUACAGACACCUGGAUGCUGGUUCGCAUUUCAAGGAUACACAGCGUGUUUGUAUUGACUAUGACUCCGGUAAUGUGUAUGCUGCAUCACCAGUCUGCAUUGUUGGACUUUGUCCUCAAACUGAACAAGUCAUUGGAGUUGUAGACCUUACCCAGUGCGAUGAACUCCCACCAGAUGGCGUUAAUAGAAUUGUGGGAAUGGAAUUCCUCCCUGACCAGCAAUCUGUUUGUGUUGCCAUGGAUACAGGGAGUGUUUUACUGUGGAAUGUAUCAUCAGGACAGGUGGAAAGUGUUGGAGAUGUGAGUAGUGGUAUCAGGGCAAUGUCCUGGAGUCCGGAUCAGGAGAUUCUGGUCCUAGCUACAGGACAAGACACAUUAAUUAUGAUGACAAGAGAAUUUGACCCAAUAACAGAGAAAUCUAUUCACCCAGAUAACUUUGGGGCAGAUGAAUUUGUGAAUGUGGGAUGGGGGAAAAAGGAGACCCAAUUUCACGGUUCGGUGGGAAAAGAAGCUGCAAAGCAGAAAACAGAGGAAGUGAAAGCAGCACUUUCCUGGGAUGACAAACAACCAAGAAUUAGUUGGCGUGGUGAUGGACAGUAUUUUGUUGUCAGUUCAAUCUGCCCCAAUACAGCUGCCAGAAAGCUUCGUGUGUGGAACAGGGAAUGCGAACAUCAGUCUACCAGUGAAAAUGUAGAUGGCGUUGAACAAGCUCUUGCUUGGAAGCCAUCCGGAAGUCUGAUUGCUUCGACACAAAGAAAGCCAAAUAAACAUGAUGUGAUUUUCUUUGAGAAAAAUGGUCUGCGUCAUGGUGACUUUUCUUUGCCAUUUGGCGUAAAUGAUGUAAAGGUGAAUGAGCUCCUCUGGAAUACAGAUUCCACUGUGUUAGCUGUGUGGUGUGAAGAUUUGGUACCGGAAGGUUCAGAAGUUAAACCGAAGUCAUAUGUUCAGCUUUGGAGUGUAGGAAAUUACCACUGGUAUCUAAAACAAAGUAUCACUUUUGAUGACGACAGAGUUUGUUCCCUUACCUGGGACCCAGAACAUGCAUAUCGUCUACAUGUGUUAUGUCAGAGUGGGAAAUAUUUACAGUAUACCGGGCACUGGGCCACCCAUAGCAGUAACAAUGCUCUGGUAGCAGUCAUUGAUGGAAGUAAAGUUUUGAUAACUCCAGCUCGACAGUUAGUUGUGCCUCCACCAAUGUCUGCGUAUCACCUUCAAUUACCCUCCGCAGUCAAUCUGGUCACAUUUUGUUGUCAUGGAAAUACUGACGACACUCUAUUGUUGCUUGAUGAUGGGAGAGUUGUUGUUUACAUUUUUGACAACAGUGAAACCAAGGAUGAUAGUGUCAAGUUAGAUGGUGCAGGGGGUAACAGUUUUAAGACGUGCUGUACAACUCCAUCGCUGAAAGGAAUUUACACCAUAAAAGGGUUGUCACAGACAUCUUGGACUUCAAGGUUGGUUCAUCAUGUGGUAUGGUUCAGUGCAGAUACUGUUUUGUUUUGUUGUGUAGACGAUCAGAGAUCCCAGCAUUCAACUCUCUACUCCUGUAAAUUUGAUGGAGAAAAUCUAUUGGUCACGUGUGAGACGUUUGUUGACGGUGCUGUCUAUAACAUGUGCUGUGAUAGUGAGUCUGAAGAAGCCAUAUUAGCCAUACAAUUAACAGAUGGUUUCAUCAUGAAAUAUGAUAUAGGAUCUGAAAUGAUUAUUCCUUGGGAACUAAACACUGGAGAGGAGUUGUCUUUCCCUAUUCCUUGCCAACAGAUGGCAUUAUGUUCUAUAGGAGAACAGAAAGUUGUGCUGGGGCUUACAAACAGAUACAGAUUUUAUGUCAACAACACAGAGAUUGCCUCCAACUGUACGUCAUUUGCUGUCCACAAGGAGUUCUUACUGUUAACAACCUUGACUCACACUCUACGAUGUAUCUGCAGGAAAACCAGAGUAGAAGUUUUGCCUACAUUAUCUGAUGGCAAGGCACAUCCUUUUGAUGAAAGCAUUCGGCGAGUGGAGCGUGGAUCUAGGAUUGUGACGGUGGUUCCAGAUGACACUAAGCUGGUUCUUCAGAUGCCGAGGGGAAAUCUGGAAACGAUUCAUCCUCGAGCUCUGGUUCUCUCAUCAGUCAGAAGAAAAUUAGAUGAAUUAAAGUUCUUAGAAGCCAUGACGGCCAUGAGGAGACACAGAAUCAACAUGAAUCUGAUUUACGAUCAUAAUCCCGACAACUUCCUGUCAAACGUCCAACUGUUUGUACAGCAGAUCAACAAUGUCAGCCAUAUCAAUCUCUUUCUCACAGAUCUCCAGGAAGAAGAUGUAACCAGAACUAUGUAUACAGCAGCUUACAAUCGGUCACCACUGACUGAGGAGUCCGAACUGACCAAUAAAGUGGACACCGUCUGUGAUGCCGUGAGACUGGCUCUGAUCCAGGAGGAUGAAAACAAGUAUAUUUUGAGCAUCCUGACAUCAUAUGUAAAGAAAUCAGUCCCUGAAUUGGAGGAAGCUUUGCUUCUGGUCAGAAGUCUUCGAGACACACCCAGUAAGAAUGCUGUGGUCAGUCCAGCAGAGGCACUGAAGUUCCUUCUUUUCCUGGUAGAUGUUAAUGAAAUGUUUGACGUGGCACUGGGGACUUAUGAUUUUGACUUGGUGCUGAUGGUGGCCGAAAAAUCACAAAAGGAUCCAAAAGAAUACAUACCAUUCCUGAACAAUCUGAGAAGACUUGAGGGAUACUACCAGCACUAUACAAUAGAUAAACACCUUAAAAGAUACACAAGAGCUCUGAGAAAUAUCAGCCAAUGUCCAGACCAUUUUGAUGAGUGUUUGACGUUGGUCAGUGAUCACAAGUUGUACAAGGAGGCUUUGUCCUUUUUCAGUGUGGGAUCAGAAAAAUACAAGGCAAUUGCUAAGUUGUAUGGAGAACAUCUGAUUGAGAAGAAGAAACCAGAGGAGGCGGGGCUUGUGUAUGUGAAGGCUGAGGAAUGGGAGCUAGCUCUGCAUGCUUUCAAGUCCUGCAGCAACUGGAGACAAGCUUUCUGUAUGGCUGCUAAAUUAAAGUACAAUAAGGAAAAUGAAGUUGAUUUGGCACGAAAAUUAGCCAAUCAGUUGCGUAACAACAAAAGCCAUGUGGAUGCUGCCACUGUUCUAGAAGAAUAUGCUAAUGAUGUAGAGGAGGCUAUUGUUUGUCUCAUUGAAGGAUGUCAGUGGGAAGAGGCCCUUAGAAGGAUGUACAAACAUAGUAGAACUGAUUUCAUCGAGACAAACUUGAAGCCAGCAAUGUUGGAGAGCUAUGAAGGUCAAAUGGAAUCUCUGGAAUCAAUGAGGGCAGAUUUUGAAAAGUAUCGGAAGAGGUUAAAGGUCAUUAGAGAGGAGAAAGAAAGGUCAAGGCUAGAGUUUCAAGAGACAGGAGGUGUGAACGAUGCCGAUGCUGACCUGUUCUCAGAUGCCAGCAGUGCUACAGGGGAGAGCAUCCAGUCAUCGAAAUACUCAGGUUCACAGUCUUCAACCUUCACCAAGUCCACUGGUCGUUCUUCACGAAACAGACGAAAAGCUGAGAUGAAAAAAUGGAGGCUGAAGGAAGGAAGUCCUUAUGAAGACUUUGCUUUAAUUGCAGCUUUGUCUAAAAUUAUCACUUCAGUAGAUAUAAUGAGAGAUGAGGUGAAAGAAUUAGUAAAAGUCUUAGUUCAGUUUAAUUCUGACAAAGAGGCCUGCAAACUGCAACAGACGUUUGGGAGUUUCCUGACUUUGAUUGACAGUGCAAUUCCCUCGAUAUGGUUGGAUGAAGCCGAAGAAGGGGAGGAGUCUCUGGUACUUGGUCCUCAAGCCACAGCCAACACUAUUGCCCAGGCAGUACAGAGAGGACAAACUUUAUCAACAAAGGAAAAACUAGAUCCCAUAAUUAAAAGUGCACCUCCAUUACACAAAGACAUUAAAUGGAAAUUAAGUUUGCUAGAUGACUCCAAGUCAUGAAUAUACAUUUACCAGCAAGAGAUUAAAAAUAAAUGCAUUGUCUUCAAUA